GACAUGUCUCCUCAUUUUGUAUUGCGAUAAAAUUUAUCUGCCAGUGCUCGGUUACGCGGGAAGGAAGACAAACCAGAUUUUUAUGGCCAUUGGUUACUGCUGGGCUCACUCCAUAUACUGAGAAACCAGAAGCCAUAUCGGAUGAACUGCGCAAUGAGCACGUUUGACUUGAUUUCUUCAGUACCAUACCUGCUACCAACGCUACCCUGUGCUUCCUCUUCUCCCUGUGCUUCUACUUCGAUGACGGCCAAGCAAAUAUUCUCUCCUGACGACUCUACGCUCCAGUGCAUGUGUGAGCUGCCGCAUGACGAUGGGUUCAGGUUUACCAUACAAGAGCUAAGUGCCGGAGAUGAGAUAGUGCUUGGAUGGGAAUGGGACGAUGCCCAUCCCAUACAUGGUGGUGAGGAAGGGAAGGUCGAAGCUGUCGACGCCUUGGAGGGAGCUUUCAUGACUUGCGCAUGCGACGGCAGGAUGGGUUGUGCACUCGAGGUGAUGCACAGAGGGGAUUGGAAGGCUGGCAACCUAGAUCCGCUGGUCGGGAAGCAGAGCAAGGGAGAGAGGUGGCGCCAAGAUUGUACCAGGAAAAGGAAAGCACAAGCGAAAGGAAGUGAAGAAGUCUUGCCGGUGGAGAAAAGAACGGAACAAGGAGUACCACCCAGGAUGAGGAAAGGCCAAGCAUGAAUGCCAACGUCGCCAUUACCCUUCAGCCCAACAGAUGCAUUUGCAAAACUUUCGUUAAUAUCCUCGAUUCUCAAGGCGGAGAAUCCAACUGAUCCACGAUUCUCUGCUGGCUUCACUAGUACCGCAAGCGCUCUCGAGGAGGAGACAAAAACAACCUAGUUCAACGCUGGAUGCACUGGGUGCAGAGCCAUUCGAGAACACGUCCAUUGAUUCUCCAUUGACGGCAACCAGUUCGUCAGAAGUGCCUAUGUGAUACACCUUGGCGACGUCCCUCCUUUCUACCACAAAAAUCGCCCUCGACGCCACUUAUUCAAUCCUCCGAGGGUCGACACGCGUCGAGG